CAAGCAUAUCUAGAGGUGCACGGCCCAAGCGUGAUGCGCGUGCAGCCGGCGGACGAACUACCACGACAUCAUCGUCGACUCCCAUCACCGCCGCUACCACAGCACCGCCGACAUCGAGCUCGAUACCAUACCGCCGUCUCCGUCGAGCACAUUCACGAUGGCCGACUACUCGUCGACGUCAGAGCUGACGCCCAAGUUCGCGCCGUUCUUGGGCAUGGGUGGCAUCGCCUUUGCCAUGAUCUUUGGGUGUAUGGGCGCGGCAUAUGGCACAGCAAAGUCAGGCAUCGGUAUCGCAAACGUUGGUGUUUUCAGGCCGGACCUGAUCAUGAAGUCUCUCAUUCCGGUUGUUAUGUCUGGAAUUAUUGCUGUCUACGCUCUGGUGGUGGCAGUGCUGAUAGCAGGAAACAUGAAGGCGCCGCCUGGGCAAAAUUACAGUCUAUACAAUGGUUGCAUGCACUUAGCGUGUGGCCUUUCAGUCGGUUUGACUGGGUUAGCAGCGGGAUAUGCAAUCGGGAUAGUUGGCGAUGCGGGAGUACGCGCGUAUAUGCAACAGUCACGCAUUUUCGUCGGCAUGGUGCUCAUUCUCAUUUUCGGCGAAGUGCUGGGACUUUACGGCUUGAUUGUGGCGCUUAUCUUGAACACAAGAGCAGCUGGCUAGAGAUUUGAGACAGUACGAGCAAUUCAGAUGUGCUGCCUUCGAUGUGCUGUUCUCAUGAUCCUGCUCGCGACAGGAAAUAGUGAGCGUGGCGUCUCUGCCUGCAGCCAGCAAAGCUGGGGAGUAGGCUGCUAAUAUAUGAAACUACCCUGCACUCGGGAUACCCUUCGCAGACAUGAUCACUAGCCACAGUGCGUGCGACACGUGAGACAUGAGUUUGAAGGGCUCAGGAGGCCGGCAGAUGCUGCAGAUCGGGCAACUUGUACAAUAGAAACACGUGAGCAUUUUCCAUAGCGAGGCAUAUGGGAUGAAUAGCACAGACAAUUGCUGCAGUUGAGAGCAGAUGCUGAUACUCCUCAACCAUCCGAACUUUUUUCGUGACAAAUGUUGUCUGAACCUGGCGGCG